UGCGAGCACUUUUCACGCUGCGUGUGUGGACCUUGCUCUCAGUGCUCCCGUGUCAUGGGUGCUGCAAAGCCUGGAGCAGAGCUGUGACCUUUUCUGGGGUGCUGGAGGAGGAAGAGUGGAUUAACACUGUGAAGUUCUGGCUUGCAGCCAGUGCUCUUGCAGAAAAAAAUAAACCACCUGGAUAGCCUGGUGUGGUGGAAACAGCUUCCUGGGAGCUGGUGUUUUCCUCUCCAAAAUGGCUCACGCAGCUGCUUCCAUUAAAAAAGUUCGAGAGUCUGAACUCGAAGAGAGGGAGAGAAACCUUGAGAAGGAAAGGAAAAGGCAGCGGAAAAUCUCUAGGGCAGAUCGGAAACACAAGUCUGACAGCAAUGCAAGCUUCCUCCGAGCUGCCAGAGCUGGCAAUCUGGACAAAGUCGUGGAAUACCUGAAAAGUGGGAUAGACAUUAACACAUGCAAUCAGAAUGGACUCAAUGCUCUGCACCUGGCAGCUAAAGAAGGCCAUGUGGGACUUGUACAAGAAUUACUGGAAAGAGGGUCAGCUGUGGAUUCUGCCACCAAGAAAGGGAAUACAGCCCUGCACAUUGCAUCCUUAGCAGGCCAAGCUGAAGUUGUCAAGGUUCUGGUUAAGGAAGGAGCCAAUAUUAAUGCACAAUCUCAGAAUGGCUUUACACCUUUAUAUAUGGCAGCUCAAGAGAACCACAUUGAAGUGGUAAAGUAUCUCCUGGAGAAUGGAGCCAACCAAAGCACAGCUACUGAGGAUGGUUUCACUCCUCUCGCUGUUGCACUGCAACAAGGACACAACCAGGCAGUGGCCAUUCUUCUGGAAAAUGACACCAAGGGGAAAGUGAGAUUACCUGCCCUGCAUAUUGCUGCUAGGAAAGAUGACACCAAGUCAGCAGCGCUCUUGCUGCAGAAUGACCAUAAUGCUGAUGUGCAGUCCAAGAUGAUGGUGAAUAGGACAACUGAGAGUGGCUUUACACCUUUGCACAUAGCUGCGCACUAUGGAAAUGUCAAUGUGGCAACACUGCUGCUAAACCGAGGGGCUGCAGUUGAUUUCACAGCAAGGAAUGGAAUCACCCCACUACACGUGGCUUCCAAAAGGGGAAACACAAACAUGGUGAAACUCUUGUUGGAUCGCGGAGGGCAGAUUGAUGCCAAAACCAGGGAUGGACUCACUCCACUCCACUGUGCUGCAAGAAGUGGACAUGACCAAGUUGUGGAGCUGCUCCUGGAACGAGGUGCCCCGCUGCUUGCACGGACCAAGAAUGGACUCUCUCCCCUUCACAUGGCGGCCCAGGGGGACCAUGUGGAGUGCGUCAAACACCUCCUGCAGCACAAAGCUCCUGUGGAUGAUGUCACACUGGAUUACCUGACUGCCCUCCAUGUGGCUGCACACUGUGGCCACUAUCGUGUCACCAAACUCCUUCUGGACAAGAGAGCAAACCCCAAUGCUCGUGCCCUGAAUGGUUUUACUCCACUGCACAUUGCCUGCAAGAAAAAUCGCAUCAAAGUCAUGGAACUCCUGGUGAAAUAUGGGGCUUCAAUCCAGGCUAUAACAGAGUCUGGCCUCACACCAAUACAUGUGGCUGCAUUUAUGGGCCACUUGAACAUAGUCCUCCUUCUGCUGCAGAACGGAGCCUCUCCUGAUGUCACUAACAUUCGUGGAGAAACUGCAUUGCACAUGGCAGCACGUGCUGGGCAGGUGGAAGUUGUUCGCUGUCUCCUGAGAAAUGGAGCCCUGGUUGAUGCCCGAGCCAGGGAAGAACAGACUCCACUGCACAUUGCUUCUCGCUUGGGAAAGACAGAGAUCGUCCAGCUUCUGCUACAGCACAUGGCCCACCCUGAUGCUGCAACUACUAAUGGCUACACUCCACUGCACAUCUCUGCCAGAGAGGGACAAGUUGAUGUUGCAUCUGUUCUCCUAGAGGCAGGUGCCUCACACUCCAUGUCCACCAAAAAGGGAUUCACACCUUUGCAUGUGGCAGCCAAGUACGGGAGUCUGGAAGUGGCAAAGCUCCUGCUACAGCGUCGUGCCUCUCCUGACUCAGCUGGCAAGAAUGGCCUCACACCCCUGCACGUCGCGGCCCAUUACGACAACCAGAAGGUGGCGCUGCUGGUGCUGGAGAAGGGCGCCUCUCCACACGCGACCGCCAAGAAUGGAUACACCCCUCUGCAUAUUGCUGCCAAGAAGAAUCAGAUGCAGAUAGCAACCACUCUAUUGAACUAUGGGGCUGAGACCAACAUUUUGACCAAGCAGGGAGUCACCCCACUUCAUCUGGCUUCCCAAGAAGGUCACACUGACAUGGUGACCUUGCUUUUGGAGAAAGGAUCCAAUAUCCAUGUGGCAACAAAGACUGGACUGACAUCCUUACACCUUGCAGCUCAAGAGGAUAAAGUGAACGUAGCUGAAAUCCUCACAAAACAUGGUGCAAACCAAGAUGCUCAGACAAAGCUUGGGUAUACACCUUUAAUUGUGGCAUGUCACUAUGGAAACAUCAAAAUGGUGAAUUUUCUUCUCAAGCAGGGAGCAAAUGUCAAUGCUAAAACGAAGAAUGGGUACACCCCUCUUCACCAAGCUGCUCAACAAGGCCACACUCACAUCAUCAACGUCCUUCUCCAACAUGGGGCCAAGCCCAAUGCCAUCACCACUAAUGGUAACACUGCCUUAGCUAUUGCAAGGCGGCUGGGAUAUAUCUCAGUGGUCGAUACGCUGAAGGUUGUAACGGAGGAGAUUACUACCACCACAACUACUGUGACAGAGAAGCACAAGCUAAAUGUCCCUGAGACAAUGACUGAGGUCCUGGAUGUUUCAGAUGAAGAAGCUUUUAAACACUCUGAUGAUGAACGCUUCAAUGAUGGUGAAGCAUGUAAUGGCACAGGUGCUGCUAGCAGAAGUUCCUGGAGUGAUGACACCAUGACAGGAGAUGGAGGAGAGUACCUUAGACCAGAAGACCUCAGAGAACUAGGAGAUGACUCUUUACCAAGCAGCCAGUUCUUAGAUGGUAUGAACUACCUAAGGUACAGCUUGGAAGGAGGACGAUCUGACAGCCUACGAUCCUUCAGUUCAGACAGGUCCCACACACUGAGCCAUGCCUCCUACCUGAGGGACAGUGCCAUGAUUGAUGACACAGUUGUAAUCCCCAGCCAGCAGGUAACAACUCUGGUCAAAGAAGCUGAAAGGAAUUCAUAUCGCUUAAGCUGGGGCCCUGAAAACUUGGACAAUGUGGCUCUUUCUUCCAGCCCUAUUCAUUCAGGCUGCGUAUCUGCAAAAAAGGAGGCUGGAUCCUUGUUAACAAGACGGUCUUCUCCAUGUCUUGAUCAUGACAACAGCAGCUUCCUAGUUAGUUUCAUGGUAGAUGCUCGUGGGGGUGCCAUGAGAGGCUGCAGACACAACGGACUCCGAAUCAUUAUACCUCCACGGAAAUGCACUGCUCCAACACGAGUGACUUGCCGGUUGGUGAAACGUCACAGACUGGCCACCAUGCCUCCUAUGGUGGAAGGUGAAGGUCUGGCCAGCCGCUUGAUAGAAGUGGGACCUUCUGGUGCUCAGUUUCUUGGUAAACUUCAUCUGCCUACGGCUCCUCCCCCACUUAAUGAGGGAGAAAGCUUGGUCAGCCGAAUCCUUCAGCUGGGGCCUCCUGGGACCAAAUUCCUUGGGCCUGUGAUUGUGGAGAUUCCCCAUUUUGCUGCUCUGCGUGGGAGAGAGCGAGAGCUGGUGAUCCUGCGCAGUGAGAAUGGGGACAGCUGGAAGGAGCACUUCUGUGAAUACACUGAAGAUGAACUGAACGAAAUCUUGAAUGGGAUGGAUGAAGUACUUGAUACCCCAGAGGAGCUUGAGAAGAAACGUAUUUGCCGCAUCGUCACCCGAGAUUUCCCUCAGUACUUUGCAGUGGUAUCUCGGAUCAAACAGGACAGUAACCUCAUUGGACCAGAGGGCGGUGUGCUAAGCAGCACUGUUGUACCACAAGUGCAGGCAGUCUUCCCAGAAGGGGCUCUCACCAAAAGAAUUCGCGUUGGCCUUCAGGCUCAACCUAUGCAUACCGAACUUAUGAAGAAGAUUUUAGGCAACAAGGCUACCUUCAGUCCUAUAGUCACGCUGGAGCCCAGGAGAAGGAAGUUCCAUAAACCCAUCACAAUGACCAUUCCCAUCCCCAAGGCCUCCAGUGAUGGGAUCAUGAAUGGUUAUGGAGGUGACACACCUACUUUAAGGCUACUAUGCAGCAUAACAGGAGGAACCACCCCUGCCCAGUGGGAAGACAUCACUGGAACAACACCACUGACAUUUGUUAAUGAAUGUGUUUCCUUCACAACGAAUGUGUCUGCCAGAUUUUGGUUAAUAGACUGUCGACAGACACAAGAAUCUGUUACUUUUGCUUCACAAGUGUACAGAGAGAUUAUUUGUGUCCCGUACAUGGCCAAAUUUGUGGUGUUUGCCAAAUCACAUGAUCCUAUUGAAGCACGGUUAAGAUGUUUUUGCAUGACAGAUGACAAGGUGGAUAAAACUCUAGAACAACAAGAAAAUUUUGCUGAAGUUGCCAGGAGCAGGGAUGUAGAGGUAUUAGAAGGAAAACCCAUCUAUGUUGACUGCUUUGGCAAUUUGGUGCCACUAACAAAAAGUGGGCAACAUCAUAUAUUCAGUUUUUUUGCCUUUAAGGAAAAUAGACUUCCUCUGUUUGUUAAGGUGCGAGACACCACACAAGAACCCUGUGGACGAUUAUCAUUCAUGAAGGAGCCAAAAUCAACAAGAGGCCUUGUUCAUCAAGCCAUAUGCAAUUUAAACAUCACUUUACCCAUUUACACAAAGGAAUCAGAAUCAGACCAAGAACAAGAAGAAGAGGUUGAUAUGACUUCAGAAAAAAAUGACGAGACAGAAUCUACAGAAACAUCUAUCCUGAAAAGCCAUCUGGUUAAUGAAGUUCCUGUACUAGCCAGUCCAGACCUAUUGUCUGAAGUUUCUGAGAUGAAACAAGAUUUGAUCAAAAUGACUGCCAUCUUGACAACUGACCCUUCUGAUAAAUCGGGCUCCAUUAAAGUGAAAGAUCUUGGAAAAGCCAGUGAGGAGGAGCCAGGAGAGCCUUUUGAAAUAGUUGAAAGAGUGAAAGAAGACUUAGAAAAAGUAAAUAAAAUUCUGAGAGGUGGAUCCUAUACCAGAGAAGAACAUGUUUUGCAGAAGUCCCUUUCCAAACAAGAACUUUCAGAAGAAGAAUGGGUCAUUGUCAGUGAUGAAGAAAUUGAAGAGGCCAGAAGAAAUGCUCCUUCAGAAGUCACCGAACCUACAUGUGUAGAAGUCAGGCUAGAUGAAGGGACAACAAAAAUGGAGAAGGCAGACGUGACAGGGAUGGUAGAUUACCUUUCAGAAGACGUUUCUCUUCAUAAGGUACAGCCACCAGCUUUACAAGGAGACUUGGUAGAGAAGAGAUUUGAAGCUGUAGUAAUAAGCAGGGAUUCUGAAAAAGGACAAGUAUUUCCAACAGCCGGACCACGAAGUCUGCAGGAGCAACACAAGCCAGCCUUAGAAAUUAAAAAGCCCCUUAGGACAAAAUUAAGAGACAAGCCAAAGCAAAAGGAAGGCAAGAUGCGCAGUGGUGAAGAACAGCGAGGGUUAAUGAAGCUCACUUCAGAGGUGUCACAAGGCUGCGAGGAACCUGGCCUAAUGCUGACAGCUGCUCUGGAGACUAAAGCUGUAUCCCCUGUUAUAGAGGAAACUCCUAUUGGCUCAAUCAAAGACAAAGUUAAAGCUCUUCAGAAACGAGUGGAAGAUGAGCAAAAAGUGCGGUCAAAACUGCCCAUCAGAAUUCAAACCAGAGAAGGCACUGCUGAGAAGGCUUCCAAAAGACCGACACAAGUGAAAAAGCCAGCAGCGCAUAAAGCACAGCCACCUGUUUCCCCUUCUUCUAAGACGGAAAGACUUGAAGAGACCAUGUCGGUUCGUGAACUGAUGAAAGCCUUCCAGUCAGGUCAAGACCCAUCCAAGAAUAUAUCUGGACUGUUUGAACACAAAUCUGUCAAGCAGAAGCAACAGCUCCCUGAGAAGGAAACAACACAGAGAAAAACAACAGUUUCACAAAGCGAAACGAGGCGAGUAACGAGCCACAAGACAGACAAACAGAAGGAAAAAAAAAGUGCAGCAUUAAAACCAGAGAAAGAGCUGCAAUCCAGAAAAGGAAGAAUGCAACUAUCUACCACUGAAACUACCAAGAAAGAUGUAGGUAAAGACCAGGUAAAAGAGCAGGGCAGCAAAAAAACAAGUGAACCUCUCCCUCCGGUGUUUGAUGAUGAAAGUGCCAAAGAUGCAGUGGUUGAAAAGGGCAGGCCUUCUGAUGACCAGGGAGAUACUGACUUCCAGAUCAGCCCUGACAGAAAAACCUCAACAGACUUUUCUGAUGUCAUUAAAGAAGAACUGGAGGACAAUGACAAAUACCAACAGUUCCGACACCUUUCGGUCACGGAGGAGGGAGAACUUAACUUGGAGCAAGUACUGACCAGCCCCUUCAGCACUGCUUUUCCCACAGAGUAUGGGAAAGAUGGGUUCCUGCCCACUCUUUCUCUGCAAAGCUCUGCUUUUGAUGGGAGCUCUGAAAGCCUGAAACAUGAAGGUGUGGCCGAUUCUCCAGGUAGCCUGCUAGAUGGAACACCUCAGAUCAGCUCUGAGGAAAGUUAUAAGCAUGAGGGUCUGGCAGAAACUCCAGAAACAAGCCCUGAAAGCCUUUCGUUCUCACCAAAGAAAACAGAUGGGCCAACUGAAGAAGCUAAAGGAGCAGCUAGAGCCCCCACAACAGCAGAAACAUGUUCUUGGAAGGAAUUCUCUUCAAAGGAAGAUGAAAAAGGUAUUACUGAAAGGCAGCUAGGUGCUGUUACUGAGUCUCAUUCUGACUGUGUAUCGGAAGAGCUUGUACCUACAGCCUCUGAAGAAGAGGCUGUUAAGCUUGCAGAAAGUAGCUCAGCUUCCAUUAUGAAAGAUAUUAGCAGGGAUACAGAAUCUGCAACCACUGUACAUUUAACUAAGUCUUCUGAAACACAUGACACUGCUUUAGCAAAAGACAAAGAUAUAACUUGUGAACGCCGUGUUGCAGUUAGAAGUCCCCAGAAAUUGGAACUUUCACUUGCUAGCCAUGAUAGUGAAAACUUUAGCCCAGUUGCAGAUGACUCUUUGGCUAUAAGUCAUAAAGACUCCCUGGAGGCAAGCCCAGUGCUAGAAGAUAACUCAUCACACAAAACACCUGAUUCUUUGGAGCCCAGUCCUGUGAAAGAGUCUCCCUGCCGUGAUUCUCUUGAAAAUAGCCCCGUAGAACAAACAGUGAAGGCUGGGAUUCUGGGGCAGGGUCCUCUGCCAUCCCUUCUUAGCAAAGGAGAAACCUGCCCAGAGUUGACAUCGGUGCGUUCCAGGAUUCUCCGCGACCCUGAGGGAAGUGCUGAUGAUGACAGUCUAGAGCAAACGUCCCUCAUGGAGAGCUCAGGGAAAAGUCCGCUUUCACCUGAGACUCCUAGUUCUGAAGAAAUUAGCUAUGAAAUCACACCUAAAACAGCAGACUCACAGGCACUGUCCAACGUACGAAAGUCAGCCAUGAUCCCUGAAGUCAGCGAGGAGCCAGAGCACGAUUUGGAAAGCGAGCCAAAGAAGAGAUUCACCCCUGAAGAGGAGAUGUUUAAAAUGGUGACCAAAAUCAGAAUGUUUGAUGAGUUGGAACAAGAAGCAAAACAGAAGAGAGAUUGCAAAAAGGAUUGUAAGCAAGAUGCAUCUGCUGCCGUUGCCAAUUCAAAAGUUGCAUGUAGAGCUGAAGAACCACAGUCGAUGGCUGUGGAAGACAGAGAUAUACCUACAACGGUGAUGCUGACAGCUGAAUCUAGAAAAAGCUCUUCCUCUUCAGAAAGUGAGCCAGAAUUGACUCGGCUGAAAAGAGAGGCCGACUCGGGCCUAUUAAUGGAGCCUGUGAUCCGAGUGCAGCCACCUUCACCAUUACCAUCCAGUGUCGACUCCCACUCUAGCCCUGACGAAGCAGGUUUUCAACCUAUUGAUUCAGAAAGGUGCUCUGUCAUCAUAGGUGUGGUUAAAGUGGAAGGGGAUAAGCUGAUAGAAGAUGACAAAGAAGAACCGCUUAUCCCCAAGGGCAGCUGUACGACUUCUGCUUGUCAUUCUGAUGGUUGUGCAGAACCUGAACAAUCAAAGUGUGGCUGUACAAAUGACAGGGAGAUUGUUAGUCCUAAUGCCCCAGCCAUAAAAUCUGGGGGUACUCUGUGUCAUUCCAUUGAUGCCAGUUCUCAAAAAGAAGUUCACAUUGAGUCGUUGCUAACACUCAAGCGAUGUGAUGCUACCAAAAAAGGUGUUGAUGCCACCUCAUUGUUAACAUGCACAGAUCUCAUUUCAACGGGAGCUGUGCUGGAGAAUGUAGAUAGUAGUUCUUGUGGACACAGUACCGCCAAGUAUUCUGUACCACAACGUGCCAAACAGGCUGAAAGUGAUACCACUGAGCAUUCCACUUCGGGAAGUGGUUUGGGAAAAGCAGAUACAGAUUCUGAAACAUGUCCAGGGGAGAUUCAUGCUGAGGAACCCCUACCAGAGUAUUCAUCCCUUACUGCUGAAGCAGUGGAACUGGAAAGCUGUGUAGCAGAUGCUGCUGAAAGUGGUAUAGUAAGCCCUUAUGAGAACAUGUCUUCUGAACAUUCCUUUACUGACCCUGAAAAUAAUGUAGGAUCUGGUAGAAAUCUGCUGCCUAGGGAAAUCUGUUCUACCGAGGAAGGGAAAAAUCAGACUGGUGAAGCUUUACUUAGCAGAGACACAGGUAGCAAGUAUUGCUUUUCAGAGGAAGUAUAUAUGGAAAUAGAGCCCAAAACAGAGGAUGGGUUCCAGAAAACAUCACAGGGGUCUUUGGCAUUGGAUUCCACAAAAUUAGCAGAAUCUGCCUUUACAGAUAUCAGAGAUGAAACAGAGAAAUCAAUUGGUCAAGUUGUCAUCACUAAAACUGAUGUGGAUUCUGACAUGUGGAGUGAAAUACGCGAAGAUGAUGAAGCCUUUGAAGCUCGGGUGAAAGAAGAGGAACAGAAAAUAUUUGGGUUGAUGGUAGACAGGCGAUCACAAGGUACAACACCUGACACCACACCAGCCAGAACACCCACUGAAGAAGGGACACCGCUUAGCGAACAGAAUCCAUUUCUUUUUCAGGAAGGAAAGUUGUUUGAAAUGACCAGAAGUGGGGCCAUUGAUAUGACCAAAAGGAACUAUCCAGAUGAAAGCUUUCACUUCUUCCAAAUGGGGCAGCAGCCUGAGGAAGAAGUGAAAGAAGCAGCAGAGAUAGAAUCUUGUAAGAUGAAGAGCUCACCAGAUCCAUUUUCACCUUUAGAAUUGCAGGGCUUGAAUGUACAAGAAAAUGAUACCUUGAAAUAUUCACCCUCAGCAUCUGAGUGUAGCGAUAGAUCGGAAGAAACGAUGGAUGAAGGUGUCGGCACAGGCACCGCAAGAGCAGAUCUGAAAUCCAGAAUUCCAAUUAAAAUGGGUAUUUCAGCUUCUUCAAAAUCACCAAAGAAAGAAACCACUGCCUUGGAAGCUGAGCCUUUCUCCAGAACAGAGACCAACGUGGUUGAGAGCAGUCAGGUGCCUUCCCCUACCUCUCCCAAGCAGUCCAUAGUAGAAAAUGAAUUAGAUUUUUCCAAAGUGACUAGAUUAGUUAGUUCUGUACAGGGUGAGGAGUCCCCAGACUCUUCACCAGAGGAACAGAGAUCUGUGAUUGAAAACCCUACUGUUGUAAUGGAGAGAGUGCCUUCUUGUGAAAGCAAAUCCAGAAUUCCUGUAAGAACAGCUGCUGCAUUGCAACAGUUGGAAAAUGAGAGCCUUCCUGCAGACAACUUCCUAGAUGGUUUGCAGUGCGAAGGAAAAGAUGACCCAGUGAAACCAAAGUCUCAAAUCCCGGUCAAAACAGCUUUCCAAAAAACUGAACAGCAGCAUAUGUACACAGAUGCAUCUGUCCACAAGCUGGAGUCAGCCAAAGCUCUGGAUGUGACUGGCGAACCACCCAUAAAACAAGAUAACCGCAGUAAAUCUGAAUCCGAUACAAGUAUUCCCAUGGACCCAAAGACUAAGCGUUCAAUAAAAGCUAGGAGUUAUGCUGAGGCAGAAGCAGAGAUUAGAGAGAGGGAGAAAGAGAUCAACCUUGAGCUAGACUCAGAUGAGGCAACAACAGCAAGACCCAAAGUAUUUUCGUCAUGGUUGCCAGUUAAAAGCAGAAGCACUACAGCCACAGAAGAAAGUAAGGAACAUUUUUUUGACCUUUACAAAAACUCCAUAGAAUUCUUUGAAGAAAUUAGCGAUGAAGCUUCUAAGUUAGUGGAAAGACUCACACAGUCAGAGAGAGAACAAGAAUUAGUUUCAGAUGAUGAAAGCAGUAGUGCCCUAGAAGUUUCAGUUAUUGAAAAUGUGCCAUCCGAUGAGACCCAGCAGUCAGUUCCAGAAGACAUCUUUGACACCAGACCCAUUUGGGAUGAGUCCAUAGAGACUCAGAUUGAACGUAUCCCUGAUGAAAAUGUCCAUGACCAUGCUGAAGAUCAACAGGAUGAUCAGGACAGGAUGGAGGAAAGACUGGCCCACAUUGCUGAUCAUCUUGGAUUCAGCUGGACAGAGCUAGCGAGAGAACUGGAUUUCACCGAAGAGCAAAUUCACCAGAUCCGAAUUGAAAAUCCAAAUUCACUUCAAGACCAGAGCCACGCGCUCCUCAAAUACUGGCUCGAAAGGGAUGGGAAGCAUGCGACAGAUAUGAAUCUCACCCAAUGUCUUACAAAAAUCAACCGCAUGGAUAUUGUUCACCUCAUGGAGACCAGCGACAUUGAUUCCAGGCAGGUCCACAGCACUUGCACAUACGUGGAAAUGGAGCAAACGAUAGGAUCAGACCACAGCGAAGGGUUUUCUGCACUGCAAGAAGAAGUAUACAGGUCGAGACAUAAGCGAGAAGACCACCACAGAAUAUCUAAAGACAGUGAGCCAACCAAACACCCUCCUCUUGUCUCUGAGGAAGAUGUGUCUGUCAGUUGUUCUCCUUUUCAAGACAGCACUCCCAGGAGUGAGGCAGAAGCAUCAAUGGCCGAGCUCCUGAGACAAGCACAUAAGGAACAAGUCGAAGCUGAAUUCUCAGGGAAACCCCAAGACGUGCCAGAAAAAACAUCUGCUUCACCACAGGAAUAUUUCAUCACGACUCCAGGAACAGAGUGGUCCACAGCACCAGUAACUGGAAAUGCAACAGGCGAGAAAUCCACCCGCUUCAGCAUGUUGAAGGAAGAGAGAGAGAAGCUGUCCUCGCAGUGUCCGCUGUCUGCUCAGAGAGGUGACUCGCCUGUCAUCCGAGAGCCUGAGGACACUCAGCUCUGCCAGGAUGACCUCUCUCCAAGGAGAACUAGUCUAGUGAUAGUAGAGUCAACUGAUGAAGAGAGAGAGCAGUUUGGAAAAGGCUAUGAAGAGGAAUCCUUAGAAAAGGAAAUAGCCAAGGAGUUAGGGAAGCUGGAGACCAGCUCAGAUGAGGAUGAGAUGAUCACUACCAGGGUCGUUCGUCGCCGGGUGAUUAUUCAGGCUGAUGGUAUGCCUGAAAUGCCACCAGAAACAGUCACAGAAGAGCAAUACACAGAUGAACGUGGCCACACGGUGGUAAAGAAGGUCACGAGAAAGAUCAUCCGGCGAUACGUCUCUCCAGAUGGCACAGAGAAAGAGGAAGUUGUAAUGCAAGGAGUGCCACAGAAACCUGUUGCCAUCGAAGAAGGGGAUAGCUAUUCCAAAGUCGUAAAACGGGUCGUGCUGAAGAGCAGCAGCGAACAGUCAGAGGUGACUGUGUCUGAACCUGCUGUUUUGCCUACUGCCCCUGAGUUCCAGUCCAAGCCAGCAGAAGGCCGGAAGGUCAGCAAAGUCAUCAAGAGCACUGUAGUGCAAGGUGAGAGGACGGAGAAACACCUGGGGGAUGCCAGCCUAGCUCGUGAUCUUCCAUCAGCCAAAGAGGACUUUGAAGAGGACAACACUCACUAAGUCCAGCAUGCACAAGAGGACUGUGAUGAAGGAUCAGGAUGGCCAACAUGUGCACAUAGAAGAGCUGGAAGACACACCAGAAGCACUACCACAGGAUGAUCUCCAACAACACCUCCAGCAGCUUCUCAGGCACCUCUGCAGAGAGGACUGCAAAUAGGACAACCGAGAAGCUGCCACAACCCAGUCCUCCAGCCCUUUACAUAGCAUUCAGCAUCAUUAUAUGCACACAUCACAACCUACAUCACUACCAGAAGACAGAGUUACAUCUGCUUGUUUCUUGAUGCAGAGACUUCUUUUUUUUUUUUUUUUCCUUACCCCAUUUUUCAUUUCAGCAUUUUGUUCAGUUUUUUGGUACACUGUAAGAUGAGUUGUGACCAAAGAGCAUUCCUCAUCCAGGAUCAUUUUCCACUGAACCAUCCUUGCUGUGCUGUGCUGGGAGUUUGUUCACAUCACCACUUCCUGCUGCUUCUGUGUUGCCUUCUUGAAAGGAUGUUUGUGUCCGUGAAAGGACUUCACGCACAGGCCUCUUGAACAAACUAUGUACAUGCAUAAUCACCACAGCAGCUAACAUGUAAACUCCCUGUAUAUAGUGACAGCACUUGGAGUGCAGAAAGCACACUGCCGACCACUGCGAGUAGCAUCAUAGGUUACAAGCUCUGUUGAUGCUGCCCAUGAAUGAUUCACAACACAAACAUUAACAUGAUCGAUGGCAAACACAGAUUUGCUGAGAAGGAAGCACUGCAGAUCUACUGCAUCUGCAAGAUUUCCACUUUAGGGACAGUCUAGUGAAGGCUCUGAAAGCCAAGCUCAAAACCUGGAAGUUCAGCUGUUCCCCCAAAGCAACAGCUGACUGUGGCCAUUCAUACUUCCAAGAGUUUUGGAAAGCCACUUAGACAUUACCAGAAAGAGGAAAAAAAAGGAAAAAGAAAACAAACCGAAACACUCACUUAGGUAACCAACUCACUAACAGCUAUCUCUAUGGCACACUUGUGUAAGGGAUUAACCUCUUUUAGAUCUGGACAUGUGUCAGGGUGUAUUUAAUAAUCCCAACUGCUGUAGUUUCCCGUUCUCAGCACUGCUUUGCCAACCACACCACCUCAUUGGUGGUACUUCCUGCUGGCCGCUGCACUGUAGAUACCUACAGGCGACAGACCUACCUACUGCACCAAGAGAGUAAUUCAGUUUCUGUGUUUUAUUGAGAUUGCCUCUUAUCCAACACAUGCAUGUGGCAUCAGAAGGGCAAGCCCAGACCCACCCGUAAUCCCGUCAGCUUGUCAGCCCUCUUAGCACUGAGCGAGCAGUUUUUACCUUCUAAUGUGGAGUUUUUUAACAAGGAAGUGCUCACAGUCCAUAAGCUAUUUUCUGUUCCUAUAUUGUUUUCCAUCUCUACAUAGGAUAUAUAUAUUUCUAAACUAACCGACUGACAACCACGACAGCAUGCCCACACUUUUCCUAAAAGGGAAAGUAGAAUUCCAACAUUGUGGGUGUUCUGCACCUUCAUAUGCAACAGAGGGAGCUCUGGAGUGUUGUAGCAUGUGUACUGCACAUACAUAUACCUAAACUGACCAUUUUUAAACAGCUGAUUGAGUUUAUUAGUAUACACAAGACCCCAGUAUAAGAUACCCUUUCCUCUGAGAGUAAUGCUUUUUCCAAGCCUAUCUGACCGUCUACUGUUACAUGGUCCUUUGGUUCUUUAAUGACUCACUCAGUGCUCAGAUCAAGGGCACUUCCUUGACAGUCACAAUGCUGGAAGCCCCGUAUCUCUCAGGAGUUCUUGCUCCCUGCAGGCCAACCUGCCCAAGGUGCCACAUAGGAGGAAAGCUAAAUUAAUACAAUAAAACGUUUCGGCAGCCAAACCAACAGAGACCCCUGAUGAAACAUUCCCCACCGUAUCACGGCUUCCUUUCUGACCGAGAUAGCACAGGAUGGUCUUCAAGGACGGGGCUCUAAAGAAAUGCAUUUCUUUGUGUUCUUUGCGGUGCAGAUGAUGUUCUGUGUAACAACAUAAUGGUUAUUCACCUCUUAUUUUGAUAUUUUGCUGUGUUAAUCAGAGAACUUGAAUACUGUGAGAAGAAGUGAAUUUUAAGUUGAGAAAUCAGCAUCUUGUUCCCAUGGUGAUAACACUAAUUGAAUAUAUCUAUGAGGGCAUGUAUUAGUUAAAAAUUAAAAGAAAAAUACAACACGAACAAUACAUAGCUGCAAUGUGUACAAUGGCUGAUUUAACUAAAUAAACAUAUACAAGUGUUCAAUGUAGAA